UGAGCUUAUCUAUGUUAUCAAUACUCAAGUUAUUUCAAUGCUAUCUAAGAAAAUACUGGGAAUUGAAAAUCUAUCAUUUUUAAACGUAUUUAUUUAUCAACGAGGAACACUUGCUACUUAUUUAUGAAGUACUCAACUGAAUGCGAGUAGGUAAGUAGUCCUCAACAUUCAGCUAUACAUCAUGUUAUUUUCAUUGAUAAACCUCAAGAACUGAUACCUUACCUAUGAAAAAUUUCUCAUACCUUGAAAAAUGAAAAUUUACAACCGUACGUCGUUCACUCUCGAGGAAAAUUCAACUCUUUAUACUCACAAAAAUGAAGACCUACCCAUUUUUUAUCUUCUUUGUAAUGCUCUCAAAUCUAGCCCUCAAUCACGGAGACCAUCGACCCGUAUUUUUACCAAAUUCUACAAAUUUCGAAGAAAUCAUCGAAUGUUCAGGAUUCGUCGAUAAAACACUUUUCAUCGAAGCUUUUUUUCAUUUCGAAUCAAACCCUUACCAUCUUAUCACUCGUCCUCGAAAAUUUGGAAAAACCACAAAUAUGAAUAUGCUGAAACAUUUCGUGCAAUUGGAAGUCGGUGAAAAUGGUCGAAUUAAAAAUCCAAAGAAAACAUCCGCCCAUCGUAUAUUUACCAAUCGAACAUUGAAUUUACGAAUUUCAACUUAUAAUAGAGUCAUCGAGAAGCACUUGGGGAAAUACCCAGUCAUUCACAUUGAACUCAAAGGCGUUAUGAGAAACACUUUCGACGAAACAUUAAAAAAUAUUCGAGAACGGGUACGAAAUACUUGCUCGUCUUACAAAUGGAUGAUUCCAAUUUUACUCGAGAAAAAUCAACACAAGAAUGACCCAAAUAUUGCUCAACAAAUUCGAUUUUUAAAAAAAGCGAUUCAUGGAACGAUGAAUUUAGAUAUUUUAAUAAAAAGCUUAUCCUUGCUGGCGAAAAUAUUGCUGAAUUAUUUUCGCAAAAAGCUUUUCGUAUUUAUAGACGAUUAUGACGUAGCUUUAGAUUAUAGCAUAAGAUACGCGCAUGAAGUGAAAUACGAUCCUACUAAAAUAACUCAUAUGUUGAGCUCUAUGAUAGAAAAAUUAUUCAACGAUCAUUUGGCAGAUAUAAAAUACAUCAUGAUCACCGGUUUAACUUACAGCUUCCCUUCGAUAUUCUUCAAUUACCAGAUUUCUCUAGAACAUCACAAGUUCCUGAGUUCUUUCGAAAUGGCUUCGUUCUUCGGAUUCACCGAUGAUCAAGUGACAGAUCUUCUGGUUCGUCACGAAAUCGACGAAAAUGAAAAAUACCAACUCAGGGAAUUCUACGAUGGUUACCGAAAUCCCGAAUGGGGCAUCACUUUGUACAAUACGAACAGCGUGUUGAACUAUUUAGCUUCGUUUGAGGCCGAGAAAAUUACCUAUCCUUUAUCCUGGAUAGACCCAGGUUCGUUGGAUUUCAUGCUAAAAGCUUUAGAAAAUCCCAACAUUUAUACUUCCUGUUUACAAAUUUUGAUGGCAGAACCAAACCAUUUUUUGUCUCAAACCUACGCCAAAGAAACUCAUUUGAUAAAGCUAGGAAGUCGCUUGAAAAAUAAUUCUACCCUGGGAAGAGACAAAGCAACUGCCUUCAUCUGGUACUGUCUGGAAAAUGGAUACAUUACGAAUUCCAAAGCCAAAACUGGACCACCAAUACCUCUUCUUUCUUUUUCUAAUAAAGAAAUGGAAAUAGAAUUCACUAAAAUAUUAUUUCGAUUUUACCAUUCACACGUGGGUAGAAUGACAGGUCCACUAUCUCGUGCAAUGAAGAAUUUAAUCAACUUCAAACGUAUUGACGAGGAAGUGUUUAAUUUAAAAUGUCGACUCGAGAAGCUUAUUAAUUCGCAGUUUCAAUUCGAAGGUUGCGAUGAGGAACUGCAUUACUACGUUUUAAUUUAUUACGUUGUGAAGUUACAUUUCAACGAUGUUUUUACGUACGUGAAAAAAGAUGAAAAGGACGAUCAAAACGAUAAUACGUAUUACAUCGUAGCAAAUACAAAUAGAACUAAAUCAGCUAUAAUUGCUUUAAAAUAUCGUUAUGGUGUUGGAAAGGCUCUAAAAUGUGCUUCCAAAUUUGAAAACAAAAAGUUUGUCAGCGAAGACAAAAUUUUCUCCUAUAUUGGUAUAAGAAUUGACCUGCAAGAAAAAUGUGCCCGCGUUGCAUAUUUUUCAUCGAUUGAUCAUAAAAAAAUUGCGUGCUGAUGGACAGAAGUUCAUAGCAAGUACCUACCUAAGUGAAAGUGGAGAGGAAUAAAACGUAUAUCUACAUAUUAUGAUGGGGAAGGAGGGGGGGGGGGGUAAACAGUUUAUGUGAUGUGAAAUUACAAGAUGUUCUUAUAUUAAAAGAAUGCCAAAAUAAAAAAUUCCAACUUAUGCAUCAAACAAAA